UAACUCUCGACUUAAAGGGUUAAGCUUUAGACCGCCGUUUAUGCAAAAGCUUUGAUUGUUCAUCUUUCUUCAGAGAUUAGGAAAGAGAUGAGAGGUAGAAGUUACAGCCCAUCACCGCCAAGGGGUUAUGGAAGGAGGGGAAGGAGCCCUAGCCCUAGAGGACGAUAUGGUGGAGGUGGUGGUGGUGGGGGUCAUAGCCGAGAUCUUCCCACUAGUUUGUUAGUUCGUAACCUUCGUCAUGAUUGCAGAAUUGAAGACCUUCGUAGGCCAUUUGGGCAGUUUGGUCCUCUAAAGGAUGUCUACCUUCCAAGGGAUUACUAUACCGGGGAUCCCCGAGGGUUUGGUUUCAUUCAAUAUGUUGAUCCUGCUGACGCUUCUGAGGCUAAACACCACAUGGAUGGUCAAGUUCUCUUAGGCCGACAGCUGACUGUUGUUUAUGCAGAAGAAAACCGAAAAAAGCCUGUUGAGAUGAGGACAAGGGAGCGUGGUGGUGGCGGAGGCGGUGGCAGUAGGGGCAGGGUUUAUGACCGAAGACGCUCUCCUCCUCCACGUCAUUCGCGCUCUCCACGUUAUUCUCGUUCACCGCCUCCACGCCAUGGCCGAUCAGACUACUAUUCUCCUCCCAAGGGAGGAAGGCAAUACUCUAGAUCUGUUUCCCCCCAAGAGAGAAGGGAUAGUCGAGAAAGAGAGAGGUCAUACUCACGAAGUGUGAGUCCCCCGGUUAGAAGAGAGCAUUCUCCCCCGUAUGAAGGGAGCCGCAGUAGAAGCCCUGUGGUGGAGCGAUCUAGAAGCCCAGUAAGGGAUGGCUCUCCGGGGAGGAGGAGGGUCGAAAGAGUAGUUGUGAACCGAAGAAGCCCUAGUGGAAGUCGCAGCCGUAGCCCAGUAGAGGAUUGAUCUCUCUAGCUGCCAAAUGAAAUGCUAUUUUAUGUGUUGGAUUUGAUCUCUUCUUUCUUGUUCUGUUGCUGUUUGAUGGUUUUAUCAAGAUUGGAAUUUUUAGGGUUAAAACUGAAUUUAUCUACUCUACUUAAGUUUAUUAUCUGUUUGUCAGUCAGACUGUUUGUUUUGUUGACAAUUUAGCCUAAGAAACUUAAAAGUCUUUCUUUUUUUAUG